AUGUGCUCCCCAAAGCCGGUUGCUGAUGUCACUGGCGGCGAAGGGAUGGAAAGAUUCGCUUUCGAUCAGUCGCCCGUCGCUGGAUUCGUGCACCGAAACUUACUUGAGACAGAAGCACUCUAUCACGUCGGCUUCAGUCACAAGAACGACUACCCUGGUCUCCAAGAAUGCUUUCCCGGUAUCACCCUCGCCAGUACUAGAAAGAAGCCAAGUCGUCCUCGUCGCACAGGCCAUUUCCGGAAUCGCAGCCAACUGUUAGCCGUGCGGUGCAAUGGUACCAUCGCGACCUAUGUCAAAGAUUCCGUACUGAACACCCAAGAGAAAGAGGAAAGCGAAAGAGGCUUGACCGCUCACCCGGCGAUCGGCUCCUCUCGGAGAAAGAAGAUAGUUGGGGAAACGCGCCUGCUGCGAAGCCCGGCUCAGUCGAUCGCAACCUGCCGGUCACUGAGGACUUUGCCAAGAUGGUUACUGGUCUUCGAAAUUGCCAUGUACUUCUGGCACAUGCUCAAGCUGCCGAAGAACAAGCAGGAGGGCAACAACGCGCUGCAAAUUCAUGGUCUCAGCCAUCAGCUCAACCGUCGGAGCCCUGCCAUUCAGGAUGCGGAGCCGCUGGCGAAGGGAAUUGGGAAGAAUCGCCUGCGCAUCAGUCAUCUCACUGACGAAGACCUGAAGCAGAUGUUCUCACCAGGACUGAAGCGAGCUGAGUGGAUUCUCAACCCACUGAGCGAGUGCGCGGUCUCUGUCCAGAUGCCGCACCUCUCUCAUAGCGACCUCGAGGCGACGACGGAGCGCAUGGCGAUCGACCUUGGCUAUGCUCGUGUCAUCGAUGGCAACAAGAUCAAUUAUUCUUACAGUAGCUACAUCUUUCUUGUCCUCGCCAUGGAGGAACUUCCUGGCGUCGGUCGCACUGUUGAUGUCUCUCGGAAGUGCUACUGCCCGCAGUAG